AUGGCCCAGUUUUCACCCGACAGCUGGACGCCAGCGGUCAAUGUCUUGACUUGGUUUCUGCUGGUGACGGCAACUUUGAGCGUGAUCACUCGACUGGGGACCAAAUACUGGAUCUUUCGCAAGUUCACUGAAGAUGAUUACUUCAGUAUCGCUUCAUUGGUACUCUGCGCUGCGCAGUCCAUCGCCGUGUCGAUGGCGACUGCCAACGGGUACGGAGAGCAUUAUGAGAGUUUGAGUAGUUCUAGCAUUGAAGCAAUGAUGAAAUCGCAAUACUCGGCAAAUAUCCUCUUCAUCCUCAGCAUGUGUUUCUCUAAGCUCGCCCUGAUCAGCUUCAUCGAUAACUUGACGCCUGCUUCUACAGACCACCGCAUCGCAGUUGGUCUGAAAACGUCCACUCUUGUUUGGGGGGUGAUUGGCCUCAUAACCUCGGUUUUUCAGUGCAAGCCCCUUCGAACUUGGGAUUAUCUGCAUGGGAAAUGCUUUAACAUUAAUGCCUGGUGGAAUUAUCUUGGCACCACGAAUAUCUUGUCAGAAUGUGGUAUGAUGAUACAGGCGAUGCUAGUCAUUGUGCGCAUCCAGACACAUCUGAAGAAAAAGGCUGUCUUGGCCGGGGUGUUCAUGCUUCGGGUCGCAGUUAUUAUAAUGAUUAUCUGUCAGCUGGUCUAUGCUAGUAAAACUGUCGAAUCUCCCGAUCCAUCCCAUGAGACUUGGCCCGUGGCGAUAUCCACUCAGCUAGUGCAGUCUUUAAGCAUUGUCACGGCCUGCUCGCCCCAAUUCAAACCAUUUCUCGACAGUCUGCGCUCGACGGGGAUGCGCCUUGAUGGGAUGACAAGUUACGGUCACUCGCAAAAGGGGUACGGCUCAUACUCUGCUUCGCGUGCCCGGAGUCGAAGAGGCACGGUUCGCAGCGAUAUGCAUGAGCUUGUCCCCCUCCCGAUCCAGGAUACCCACCAGGCUACGGUGACUACCUCGACGCCAUCGCUGGGCUGGGAUGGAGAAAGUCAAUCGAGCCAGGCGCAUAUUAUCCAUGAGACUAGGACUUGGACCGUGACCGAGGUGCGGCGUAGUUUCGCCGAGAAUACCAAGUGA